UUAGUGCUUCAAGAACAAUAAACGAAGACAAUGCAAUCUCAAAAAAUAGUGGACGUGUUAGCGUCAGAAGACAAGGAAAAAAACCUGACUUCGAGCCUCAACAAUGAUGGCCAACACGUGCAGAUUGAUUCUGGUUCUGCCCUCCAACAAUUUCUUGAUCACAUACCCAUUAGUUCAAUAGCGGGGAUAAAAAAUUCACCUGUUUUGGAAUUAAAAGCUGGAGACAGUAUAAGGGAUGCAAUUCAUGUGUUGUACGAAAAGGACAUCUUUUCUGCAGCUAUAUUUGAUGUGUCAGACUCGGACACGGCUAGCGUAAGGUUUUCAGAUCGGUAUAUAGGUCUCAUUGAUUUUACAAGCAUGGUUCUUUGGUGCCUUGAGGAAUAUGACAAGAUGAAGAAUGAUACCAUGGAAAGCCAUCUCAAGGUUAUAGAGGAAGAUGGCUUUUUCUCCAUCCUGGAUCAGGUUCCUCAGAUUGGACAAACCAAGGUUAGCGAGUUGGCUAAGUCAUUCCUGUGGGAACCAUUUUUCCCGGUAAACAUGGAUGACACGGUUUUGCAUGCACUGCUACUUCUCUCUAAGCAUCGACUGCACGUUUUGCCGGUCAUACAACAACCUGAAGCUGGACUCAUCAUCGGUUUUGUUACACAGAACGCAGUAGUGCAACACCUUCUUCAAUCAAGUGAGCUAGAGUGGUUUGAUAGCAUUGCAGACAAGAACUUGUCAGAUUUCCGAUUUGAAGGCCAAGAAAGUCCUAGUUGUGUAUAUGGGGACCAAAGUGUUUCAGAUGCUUUAAAGUUGCUCUGGCAAAACCAAACUUGUGCAGUUGCUGUUGUAGAUCGAAUGACUAAGAAGCUCCUUGGUAAUGUGAGGAACGGCGACGUUUAUAAUCUUGUAAAGAAUAAUGACAUCCUUAGAAAUAGAACGAUUUUAACUGUGGAAGAAUUCAUUCACAUAGAGACUGACAAAAGAGAAACUAAACCAGCAAUUAAACAAGACCGUGGGGCUUUACUCACAGCAGCAAGUCUCCGCCUGAAAAACAGCUUCACGCCCAAAAUGGACUUGCCAGUUGCGAACAAGGAAAAUGAAACGCUCAAGCAAAUAAUGGAGCAUGCAACAGCGACUAAUAGCAGUUUCAGCUUUCUGGUCAAUGAUCGUGAGCAAGUUACAGGUUUUCUGACACUAAGAGAUAUAAUCCUGCAGUUUGCUCCCCCAUGCGUGAAUUCUAGCAUUCAUGGAGGUGGGUUUUUUGAAUUGGCCUUGGAGCAAAGUGGAUGUCAAGUGAAAAACGGAACCAUGGUUCGUAAAUCUUAAUCAUUUGAAGACUUUGCCUCACAAGGCCCUACUAAUUCAUGCCACUUUUGGGAAGUGCAGCGUGAGUGAUUAUGACUUAACAUUGUUUCAGCAUGAUCAUUUUGGGUUCCAAAUUUUUGUCACAUACCAGACUCUUAUUAAUUAAAAUUCUUAUUUUUGUAAAUUA